AUGUCUGGUGAUGUGGACAAAGGUGUGGAUAGGAAAGGGAUAGAAGAUGAGAUUAAGCAUUUGACAAAUGAAUUAAAUGAAUCAAAAGAUAACAACUCGCAAUUGAGUGAUGAUCUCAAAGUCGCUAGAUCUAAUUUAACUCUUUCUGAAGCUAAUUUUGAAAUGCUUGAACAAGUUAUUCAUAAUGGUACUCGAUUCGCUGGUAGUAAUUCAUCUACCUCAUCUGACUCCAUUCAACUUAACAUACUCGAUCAACUCAAAAAGUUGAAGUCUCAGAAUGUUAUUCUCUCCCAAGAGAAAUCUCAACUUGAGGAGGAAUUUGAAUCUCUAUCUCAAGCUUUAUUCGAAGAAGCUAAUAAUAUGGUCGCUGAGGCUAGGAAAUCUAAAUCUCAGAUUGAAAAUUACAAUAACAACUUGGUUGAAGAAAACAAAUCUCUCAAAUCUAUAAUAAAAUCCUUACAAUCUGAUCAGAGUAAGCGAACCUCCCUUUCCCUGCCAAUGACUAUACCACCACCACCUAAACCUCCCAAUAUUUCAUCUUCUUCCUCUACUACUUCAAUUCAGACGCGUUCUUCCUUAAAAAAUAUUAACUUGAAAGACGAUGACUUUGACGAUGAUCUACAGCAAUCUGCUCCUAUCGUUCGACCAUCGAGUGAGAAGAAACCAAUCAAUUCUAUUCCUAUACCCAAUCAAUCUCCUCCAACUUCCCGUUUAAAUCGAGUCAGACAAUCUUGGUUUAGUAAAUUCAAUAAAGCCAACAAAGUUGAUGAUCCUUUUGAUCUAAAUGAAGGUUAUGGCGCUUUGAUGUCUUUGAACGUUGACGGAGAAGAAGAUAAUGAUGAUAAAGAAGUCUUAAUGGAUAAUCUUUCGAAUCAAGAUGAUAAAGCUGCUCAUCUUCCAAAGAGUCCCUCAUUUCCCACUUUAUCUCCUUCGAAUCAAGCAAAUGCUAAUUGGGUUGGUAAAACUAUUGAUAAGCCUUCCUUAAUUUCACAUAAAUCUGAUCCUUCCCUCUUUCCUCAAGGCGCUGAUCGACUCGGAGAUCACAUAACCUGCUAUGAUCCUUCCACCGCACAAUUCAUCGAUUUAAUCAAAUCUGAUAAUGCCUCUGAUAUCAAUGCGAAAAUCAGUUUAGCUAAAUCCUGUCAAAAUAGUUGGUCAGCUUCAUCCUGGUCACGCAGAUUCAAUGUUCUAAACACUCUUUUGGACUGGUUGACACGCGAUAUCGACAAUUUAGUUGAUGUUGCUUGCAGGGAUACUGGUAAAACUAAAAUCGAUGCUGCUUUCGGUGAAAUCUUGACAACCGCAGAGAAGAUCAAAUGGUCUUUAAAAAACGCUAAAUCUAUAUUGUCCCCUCAGUCCAGGCCGACUAAUCUGUUACUCGCUCACAAGUCCUCAAAGAUCUACUAUGAACCUUUAGGUCUCACCUUGGCUUCUGUUUCCUGGAAUUAUCCGGCUCACAAUUCACUGUCACCAAUUAUUUCAUCUUUAGUUACAGGUAAUGCUUGUAUCGUCAAAGCUUCGGAAUUUGUUGCGUGGUCCUCCAAUUGGUUUGUUGGAGCUGUCAAGGAAGCCUUAAGAGUGAAUGGUGAAGAUCCAAAUCUGGUUCAGCUCGUUGUAUGUUACCCAGAUAUCGUUGAAACACUGACAACUUCACGUGAUAUCGAUCAUAUUACCUUCAUUGGCUCAGAGCUUGUGGGUAAAAAGGUUGCUUCAGCCGCUUCUGUAAAUCUCAAGCCCUGUUGCAUUGAAUUGGGCGGAAAAGAUGCUGCCGUAAUUUUAAAAUCCACUGAUUUGCACUUUUUCGAAUCAACCUUUUUGAGAGCUACGUUUCAAGCAGCUGGUCAGAAUUGCAUUGGUAUUGAAAGGUUCAUUGUUCACAAUGACAUCUACGAUCAAUUUGUCAGUAGAAUGCACGACCGUAUCAAAGAUUUGCGUCUCGGAACGUCAUCUGGCAGUAAUACUUGCGUCGACGUUGGUGCAAUGAUAUCCAAUACACGAUUUCAGCAGCUGGAAGGCCUGAUAAAUGAUGCCGUUAAAUUGGGUGCAAAGGUUUUGCAUGGCGGUAAAAGGUACACUCAUCCAGAAUAUCCGAAUGGUCACUACUUUGAACCUACAUUGCUAGUCGACGUCACCUCUGAAAUGGAGAUAUUCCAUCAAGAAUUGUUCGCUCCUGUUAUGACAGUUAUAAAAGCCUCAUCAACUAAGGACGCCAUCCAUUUAGCAAAUAAUACAAGAUUUGGACUUGGUGGUGCAGUUUUCGGCAACGAUCAAGCAGAGUGUUCCUUAGUUGCUCAUAAUAUGAAAUGCGGUAUGGUCAGGUAA